ACUGUGGCCGCAAUGGCGACGUGGGCAUUUUUUUUAAUAUUUGCCGUUCUAGAAUCGUCGGCAUUAGCCGACCCGACACUGACGUAUCCUGAAAUAGCGAGAGGUGAUUCCCGGAUAGUGUCAGGAUGGGAGGCAGAUCCUGGACAGCUCCCUUUUCAACUGUCGAUAAGGAAUGUGAACGCUAAUGGGGGUGUAUCGGCUUGUGGGGGCUCUAUCAUCCAUCGCGAGUGGGGGCUGACCGCUGCGCACUGCACCGCUUCACGUGUAAGUAUAGUGGUGCGAGCUGGUGCCGUCAACCUGACGCGGCCGUACUACCUCUUCGAGACCACCGAGUACUAUAAUCAUCCUCUCUACAUCGAGUCACUGUCAGUGGUUCAGCCCAACGACAUCGGAGUCAUCAAGUUUGGCAGGGAACUUGUCUUUAAUGAUUACGUGCAACCGAUCCGGCUUCAGAACUCCGCUUCCAGGAACCGGAACUAUCAUGAUAUCCGGCUCACCGCCAGUGGAUGGGGCCGCACUUGGACCGGAGGGUCUUCUCCGGAAAACCUGAACUGGGUGUACUUGAAUGGUACGUCGAACGCUAUCUGUCGGAAUGCCUUCGGAGGCAGCAGCAUCAUCCAGGAUUCCACGAUCUGCGCGAGCGCAUACAACGUCAGCAGUCAAUCCGUUUGUCAGGGAGACAGUGGUGGUCCGCUGACGGUGAUUGACGAUGACGGUGUGCUGAGCGAGGUAGGGGUCGCGUCCUUUGUGUCUAGCUCCGGUUGCCACACAGAUUUUCCGGCUGGUUUCGUCCGUCCAGGUCACUACCACGAGUGGUACUACGAGGUGACCGGUAUCAACUUCGAUUGGGAGUACGACGAAUCGACGUCCACUCUCGCACCUGUCACUGAGGAGUCGAGCGAACACGGAGGGGGCGGAGGUGGCGGAGGUGGCGGUGGCUGCUGCUGUUGUCGGCCAUGAAUUGAUUAAUCGAUCAUAAAUAAAUGUCAUUGAGCAAAUCAACGCCAUCUAGUGACAACGAAGCAAAGCUUGUAUACAACAAUAUAAACUUGUAAAAUAGAUACUAGACCACUUAAACAUAGUAAGAAUCAUAUAAAUUAAUCACAGUUUUAAGAGUAAUCCAACUCGUGUAUUAACAGUUCCACAACUUUGCAAUUAAAAUACAUUUGUAUUAAAGCGACUUACCAAAUUAUACGUCUUUACUGGUCAAUGUUCAAUCAACAACUGUCAA